GGCAGCACUUGCUUAGACGGGAGUUAGCUUCACGCAGCCGCCUUUGCUAGCGAGUAAUUUCCACGCUACAUAUAUUUUUUGUAUUUUAUCGUAAAACCAAGGCAUAAUAAUUAGGAUUGUUAAACAAAAGAAUCGUCUUCGUCUGAACGCUACUAAACUGAAGCGAUGACAGGCUCAAACGAGUACAAGCUGAACCAGGGACCAGAGGACAGCAUCUCUGCUGUCAAGUUCAGCCCCAGCACAGCUCAGUUCCUGCUGGUUUCCUCAUGGGACUGCACUGUCCGUCUCUAUGAUGUCGGAGGCAACACCAUGCGGAUGAAGUACCAGCACACAGCUCCAGUUCUUGACUGUGCUUUUUAUGACCCAACACAUUCUUGGAGUGGAGGUUUAGAUGCACAGUUAAAAACUCAUGAUUUGAACACAGACCAAGAUACAAUAGUUGGAACACAUGAUGCCCCCAUUCGUUGUGUGGAGUACUGCCCAGAGGUUAAUGUCAUGGUAACGGGUAGCUGGGACAGAUCAGUUCGGCUGUGGGACCCGAGGACGCCGUGCAAUGCUGGCACCUUUACUCAGCCUGAAAAGGUGUAUACCCUGUCCGUGGCUGGAGAUAGGCUAAUCGUUGGCACAGCUGGAAGACGAGUCCUGGUGUGGGAUUUGAGGAACAUGGGCUACGUACAGCAAAGAAGAGAGUCCAGCCUCAAGUAUCAGACUCGCUGCAUUAGAGCCUUCCCCAACAAACAGGGCUACGUCUUGAGUUCAAUUGAGGGACGUGUAGCUGUGGAGUACCUGGACCCAAGCCAGGAGGUUCAGAAGAAGAAGUACGCCUUCAAGUGCCACAGGCUGAAGGAGGAAGGAAUUGAGCAUGUUUACCCCGUCAAUGCAAUCUCAUUUCACAGUGUCCAUAACACCUUUGCCACAGGUGGCUCAGACGGCUUUGUGAACAUCUGGGACCCGUUCAACAAGAAGCGACUGUGUCAGUUCCACCGGUACCCGACCAGCAUCGCCUCUCUCGCCUUCAAUAACGACGGCACCAUGCUCGCCAUCGCCGCGUCCUACAUGCAUGAGAAGGGAGACAUUAGCCACCCAGAGGAUGCCAUCUUCAUCCGCCAAGUCACAGAUGCCGAGACCAAGCCCAAGUCAACCUAAACUCCCCCUGGAAUGGUUCCCUCCGCGUCUGAAAACCUUCAUCACAUUUGGGUUAUCUGCUGGCAUCCAGUGUAUCAUUACCACAUUGUUUUCUGUCAUUUAUUUCCAUUCCAAUAAUAACAGUUUCUUUCUUGUAAGUAAUGUUUGUUAAAAUCUUCUUUUCUUUUCUGGCUCUUGUUAAAUAUUUCAUUGUUUUGUGUCUGUUCUGACAACUAAGUAUUGUUGUUGUCUUGACUAAUGUUUUGCAUACACCUUUCUGGCAUUUUUUUGCAUGGUCAUCUUGGAGUCACCGGACAUGAAUGGAUUUUUUUUUUUACCAUUUUUGUUGACUCUUAAGAUGGAGCUACAUUUUAACAUGACACUGAAGCUGUCCUUGGAUCAGUCUUUUAGCACUGAUAUGAGCUUUGUGAGUAUAAUUAAAAGAACAUUUUGACCAAGUCAGUUCAUACUCGUAACAUUUGUCGCGUUUACUACCUGUGGAAGAAAACCUGAGAAAUGCCAGGAAUGUGUCGGGGCAGAAGAGGUUGCUCUCUUGAUGAUGUGUUGAGGGAAAGUGAUGAUCCACUCGUCUUGCCGAGGGCUCCACUUGCCCCCAGACAGUGACCUGUGCUGAUAGACAUCAGAGGUCUGCGGCCUAAACCAGAUCCUGCUUUAAUACUGGGGAAAAUUGGGAGAAAACCACUAAACUGGAUGACCUGGCUGCACCUGGCAGACUUGGCGGGGGGUGGGGGGUGUUAACACUAAAACAAAAUGGUCAUGAGGCUCACUUAUAGAUAUGCAUUAUUUUUAAUUGUGCAUUAUCAGUUGAGAAGCCUGAGUGGUAAAUUCAAGUUCUGCCAGUGCUGAAACACUGCCAACUUGAGUUCUGUCCAUCUUUUAGUUUCACUGCGCCGUGGGUUUGUUUCUAACUCAUUUAUUGAGAAUUACAUACAGAGAAACGCAAUUUUAAAAAGAAACAUUCUCAUAAUUGUAUUAAUAUAGAAGAUAAAAGAUGAUGUUUCAGUAUGCUCGUACUUUUUCAUCAUUAUCGCUGAAUUUAUCUGCUGCAGUUUUGCGAGUUGUUACACUGGUGACAGAGUCAGACGCAGCGCAGACCUUUUUAAUGCAGUAUUCGGUAGCGUAUGAAUGGGAACAGCGAACGCAGCAGUGCCCUGCAAAAGUCUAAGUGGUGUCUUUUUCCCUCAGUUCAGAUUUUCAAUUGCAACUAAUGCAAUUUCUGAAGCCCUUCAGCCAAAGCAGCAGAGAAGAUAUAGAUGUCAAUUAUUCUGUUUAAGAGCCUCAAUUUUUUCUAAUGGCUCUAUCUGCUUCUGCGGUAUCCUGGAAAUGAUUAGUUCGGUUUGGUUAAAUGAUGUAACUAAUUCCCAUGAUUGUCGAUAAUGAGUCUGUCUUUGACGUUGGAUUAUGACUGCAGCUUAAUAUGAAACGGCAUUCGUUUUGGGACAUAAUUACUGCUUAUGAAGCAGAUGUAGAAUGGCCAGGGGUUUGUUGUUGGGGCUACAGCGAAUUACCUUAUUUCCUGUCAUCUUUGGCUUCCGCUAAAUUGGAAAAUUGAGUUCUUUGAGUGUGCAUUAAAACUGUUAAGGUUU